AUGUCAACGGAAAAUUUGUACGAUGUUGUUAUUAUUGGUUGUGGACCAGCUGGUAUCGCUGCUGCAUUAGAAUUUCAAAAGUGUCAGUCUGUUCCACGUUUUAUAAUUGUUGAAGCUCGUGAUCGUGUCGGUGGUCGCACGUACACCGAUACAACUACAUUUGUUGCUAAUCAACCUAUUGAUUUAGGUGCACGAUGGAUUCAUCAUUACCGUCCAGAAAAUCCUCUUUUUGCUCAUCAUUCUCCUUCGGAUCAAGAUAAAUUAGAUUACACUUUCUUUCGUGGCGACAAAACUGCUUUCCUUGAUGAGGACGGCACAGUUAUGUCCGAAGCAGUACUUACCGAAGCAGAAAAAAUUGCUGGAAAUUUAUGCGCACUAAUCAAACAGUACCCGUCGGAUAAAGAAGAUAUUUCGAUAUGGAAUUGUAUUGAAAAUGAAUACAAAAAGAUUUCCGACGAACAACUGUGUCGUGUUGUUGAUAUGAAUCUGGCCUACAUCGAACUUUAUGAAGCUUCAAAUCUCGAUCGACUCUCUACAAAAAUGUAUCUAAAAACCGACAAUGAUAUCGAAACUUGUAACCUGACAUUGCCAACUGGAUUAGGCACUUUUAUCAAGCAGAUUGCUGAACGAAAUCAUCUUCCUGUGCAAUUAAAUACUAUUGUUACAGAUAUUCAAAUUCCCAGUAAUGCCGAUGAUCUAAUACGAAUAACUACACAGGAUCACCGUCAAUACUUUAGUAAACAUGUAUUAAUUACAGUUCCGCUUGGUUGUUUGAAAGCACAAUCAAUACGAUUUACUCCAUCUUUACCGGAAUGGAAACAAAACGCUAUUGAUCAAAUGGGUGUAGGUUUAUUAGAUAAAAUUUUCCUUCAGUUUCCCACAACGUUUUGGGAUGAAAAAUUAGAAACAAUCAGUACUGCUUCUAAUCGUUUUCGAUUCUUUUUAUGUCAUCCACAAGAUCAUAUCUUGGCUCUAUUUGUUGUCGGUAAACUAGCGCACGAAUUAGAACAGCAAACAGAUACGCAAACUAUUAAACAAAUUAUGGAAUAUAUCCAAAGAAUCUUUCCAGAUGCACCACAACCAAUUAAAUGGGUAAUAACUCGGUGGGGAUGCGAUCCAUUUGCUUUCGGGUCAUAUUCAAAUCUCCCAAUUGGUGCAACGACUGGAACAGUCGAAGCAUUGUCGAGAGAGUGUUUCGAUGGACGAAUACAUUGGGCAGGUGAAUAUACAAAUUACGGGGGAACACUCGGAUGUGUGGAUAGCGCUUUUGAAAGUGGCCAUCGGACAGCUAAACAGAUUUAUGAUCAUCUAUUUUCGAAAUAA